AUGACCGUCUACGAAACAACGUCUUCUGCUAGCCCAACUGGGAAGCACACACCGUCUACCGAAGCCUCCCCAGCAAAACCACCAGCAUCACGGUGCUGGCCGCAACGUCGACCAAAACAUCUCGCACCGCGUCCGCCGGAUCCACAGCCAAACAAGCCACCGUUAGCAGCACCAGCACGGGCACAGGGGCAGCAGAGAAGCACAACCCGACACCAGAGUAUCAUUCGAGUAUCAUCCGAACUAUCGAAUCAACCCACGAGCCGGGGCUGGAUUGCCGGCACUGUCGUAGGAUCCAUCUGUGGCAUUGGUCUCGGUGAGUUCGGUAUGUGCGUUGGAUAUCGCAAGAUGAGUAAAGCUCGUGCAGUGCAGGCCGAAGCGGCUGUUCCGCCGCAUGUGCAGACAUCGUGUUUUCGUCAACCACAUCCUCAGGAGGCUUACUCGCGGAAUAUGUUUCUUCAGAUGCGUGUGGAGUUGGAUUCGUCCGCUCUUCAUCGGAAACCUUAA